AUGGCGGCUUCUGGGCUUCUGAAGGUCGUAUUGCUGGCAGAGGAUAUGAAGGAGUUUGCAAUCGACCUCCAGCAAGGGACUGAAGAAGAAGUGGCUCGAACUCUGGACGCGACGUCGAGCCGGCUCAAGAUGGCAGAAUAUAUCGCCAAAAUACUGUCUGAGAGAGUCAGAGAGCUCACUGCAGCGCUGGAGAGCAUCAAAGUCACGACCAAGGGUGCCGAAGAGCCGCAGGGUAUACUAGACAAAACCCCUCUGCCUCAGCCCAAGAGCGAAGGAAGGCCAACACGACCUGCACCGCUCGUUAGGCGUCACACCACGAUGGCUGUUCCGGCGACACACGAGACCACCGCUGGUGGAUGGGAAGACCGUGCUGCCGCAUUCAUGAUGAGGAGGCGGUCUCAGCAAUCCCAGCAAGUUAACCGAGGUGCAGGGGACUUGCAACAAGUAUCCCCUCCCUUAUCCCCUACGAAUACACAGUAUAUUCCUCACUCACGUCGUUCAACACAUUUACAAGACCAUCAUCCAAAUCCGCACAGGUUCGCAUCAGAUCAGAACACCGUAGAGAGCCAAGAUGUUCUCUGGGAAUUUGAAAGGCGCAAACAAAAUCCACGAAGAGGCAUGCUCAUCGCUGCGGCUUUCGAAACGUAUUCAGAAACGUGGGAUAAUCUUAUUUUAAGAGCAAAUCAGGAUCAAAUACAACCGCAUCUCACAUUUUCCACUUUCCCUUGGCCAGUUCUUCGACUCUCGAACGACCCACCCUUUUCCGAGCCAACUGAGCUGACGAUGGACGAGGUCCGCGAGUUUGUGCUCAGUCCAUUCCAUUCGACGGACAAGAGCAAGGAGAGUCGAAUACGAGAGGCGUAUGUGCGUUUCCACCCAGACAAGAACUCGCGAUGGUUAGGGUUCGUGCUGGAAAACGAACGAGAGAAGACCAAGCGCGGUAUGGACAGGCUAUAUGCCACAAUACAUAGUCUCGCCUCUGGUCGCUUGUGGAUUCUGCACCUUGUACCACUUUCCCGCUCUAUGAAUCGAUUUGUGCGGCAUUUUAAACCCCUACUACGAAGUUAUGGCAAGAGGUGGAUCCAAAAUGAUGCCCUCAGCGUCAGUGUGAAACGAGGUCCCGUAAAGGCGAAGCAUUGGGAACCGUGGAAGUCUCCGUGGACAUGGAUACUGGCCAUCAUACCACCUUUCACAUUUGGAUUGGGAACCUGGCAGGUGCAACGACUGCAAUGGAAAAACGACCUCGUUCGACAAGCCGAGGAUCAAUUGGAGAAGCAGCCUAUAGUUCUUCCAGCUUACAUAGACACGUCCAAUCUGCCGCCAUAUCGUCGUGUCGUCACUCAGGGUAUCUGGAUGCAUGCCUAUUCCCUUCUCUUGGGACCUAGAAAAUACGAAUCAUUCAACGGAUAUCAUUUGUUCACGCCCUUGGCUCGUUCUUCGCCAACUUUACCAAAUGCCUCGACUGUCUGGGUGAAUAGAGGCUUCAUCUCCGACACCGUGGCAGCUUCAAUGGACAAGAAUCCAGAGAGACUUUCAAUAAUGGCAAAUCCUGGAGGCGAUACGGUACAAGUAACCGGGAUGGUCGCACCGUCCUUUGUUCCCAGCAUGUUCACACCAGAUAACAAGACAGAUACCGGUGAAUGGAUAUGGGCAGACCUCACGGCUCUUGUUGAGCGCGCGGGUGGCGCAGCAGAAAACGUUCAGCCAGUUCUCAUAGAGACAACCUUCGAAGGUGAUUCAGGUGAGGCGUCUCAUUUGAUUGGAGCAGGCAAGCCAGUCGGAAGAUAUCCAGCGGUCAUCUUCAGAAACCAGCAUGCAAGCUAUGCCAUCACAUGGUGA